ACGGUGAUUUACAUUCUUGCUCGUGUUGAUUUUUAUCGUUCAUCGUCAAUAUCACUCAUCUGGCUUCGUCUAGCUAGCUCUUCUUUGGCCAGAGUACGCAAAUUUUUGCCAUCAAAAAAUUCAACUGAAAUUUGUUGUAGGACUUGUGUAUACCCAACCAUUGGUCUCGACCAUGUUAAGACGCGUACUACCUCGCUUUCCGCUCUUCAGAGUCUCUGCACCCAUACUUCCGAUAUCGUCGCGAAUAGGUGUUCGUUCAGUGCCCGCGAUAUCCCUGACGGGCGUCCCUCGUCAGUCGAGCUCGAGGCUGUUUCACCAUGUCCCUGCUCGCCUUACAUCAACAACCCCACCACCUCAAAACGAUCCAGGAUCACCGUUACCUCCAAACGCUACCCUCUCUCAAAGGCUAAAACAUCUCAUUAAAUCCUAUGGAUGGUAUGCCCUGGGAGUGUACCUCAUCUUCUCUGCACUAGACUUCACCGUCGCGUUUGUUGGAAUUAACCUGGUGGGCGCCGAACAGGUCGCGUCUCUCGCCGCCUACGCUAAGGAGAUCGCUAUUGGGUUCUUUCAUACCAAGUCACCAGAGCCUGGGCGUGAUGAACUGGAGAGCCCUUCUGCAGGAAGUGCGGGUCGCGAGGGCUUAUAUGCCACGUUGGUAUUGGCUUACACCAUUCACAAGACGCUUUUUUUGCCUGUCAGAGUUGGUUUGACGGCCGUUUUUACUCCACGAUUGGUGGGCUGGUUGCGCACAAGAGGUUGGGCAGGUGGUGAAGGCGCGAGGAAAGCAGCACGCGAUAUGAGGGAUAGGAUCCAAAGAAAGGAUUAAAAUCAGAUGAUGCGUAUUGGGUGAGAGGCAACUUACAACAUCAUUUUAUUUACACCACUCAGACCAUAGUCACAUACUAUUUGCAUGGCAAUUGUGCAUCCAUUCAUAUUGCCAUGACGCUAAUUUCAAACUAGAGCGAUAUUUGUACUGAGUCAAUUACAUAACUACGGCACAACUUGCAUUCAACUUGAUCUUAUUCACUUGAAGGCGCGUCAGGCAGAUGCCUAAGGAUUUCCCCAAUUCAAAAUUAGCAUGC